CACACAGUACACAUGACUCUCCAAUGGCCGCUGCCUUUUACGCGGAUCAACGAUAACUUUUACACAUCUAAACGCUCUGAAUAUCACGAUUAUUGGGCGUUUCUGAAUCGGACGGGGAACUUUAUUCACGCGACGUCCUGAACGCGUUGCAUCUGCUGUAGGUGUCAGUGAGGCGGCGCGAGGGCGGAGUCAACAGGUUCAGCACUCGCAUCUUUGUGGCACAGCACAGGAUAAAGUUAAGGAUACAGAAUUGUCACAAACACCAAGAAGAGAAAACCCAAGUGCAGACGGCAGGUACUCAAAGAAAUAAUGAGGAGGACGUCUUUUAAGAUCGCAAGUCCUAAACUACAGGAUUCAUUAAACUGAAUGUUUUACACACAUUCACUUUGGAAAUAAACACAACAACUAAGGCAAAGAUCCAUCACUCAACCAGACGAAAAUUACCAGAAGAAUUUGGUCUUGGACUCAACGUCUCCCAAGACAUCAUCAUCAGCCUUUAUCUAUAAAGGGCACAUGGAAUAACCCCCUUACAUACACACCAACUCUGGACACCUCUAUGGGGGAGUAAUCCCUCCAAAGCAUUCACACUAAGAGGUGUUUUGGAUUCUUGUGUGUGACCGUGGACGGACUCCAGGCGGACAUGUCUAGUAAGGGCAACCCCAGCCCGCACCUCAAUGGCUUCCCCAUGGCCCACUAUUCCUACUUCUUCCCGCACAUGUUGGGGGGGCUGUCUCCGCCCUCUCUGCCCCUCAGUGGAUACAGCACACCUUCACCAGCCACUAUUGAAACCCAGAGUACGAGUUCAGAGGAGAUCGUCCCCAGCCCGCCCUCUCCACCCCCUCCUCCUCGCGUUUAUAAGCCCUGCUUUGUGUGUCAGGACAAGUCUUCAGGGUACCACUAUGGCGUCAGUGCCUGUGAAGGAUGCAAGGGUUUCUUCAGGAGAAGUAUCCAGAAGAACAUGGUGUACACCUGCCACAGGGAGAAGAACUGCAUCAUUAACAAAGUGACGCGCAACCGCUGCCAGUACUGCCGGCUGCAGAAGUGCCUGGAAGUAGGAAUGUCCAAAGAAUCAGUGAGAAACGACAGGAACAAGAAAAAGAAGGAGGAGAAGAAGCAGGAAUGUACAGAGAGCCACACGCUGAGCCCGGACACCGAGCAGAUGAUUGAAAGGAUCAGGAAAGCCCACCAAGAAACCUUCCCAUCACUCUGCCAACUCGGCAAGUACACCACGAGUAACAGCUCAGAGCGGCGCGUGUCUCUGGAUGUGAAUUUGUGGGAUAAGUUCAGCGAGCUCUCCACAAAGUGCAUCAUCAAGACGGUGGAGUUUGCCAAGCAGCUGCCGGGAUUUACCACGCUUUCCAUCGCAGACCAGAUCACGCUGCUGAAGGCCGCCUGCCUCGACAUACUGAUCCUGCGGAUCUGUACGCGCUACACGCCGGAGCAGGACACCAUGACGUUCUCUGACGGUUUAACGCUUAACCGAACGCAGAUGCACAACGCCGGCUUCGGUCCGUUAACAGACCUGGUGUUUGCCUUCGCCAAUCAGCUGCUGCCGCUGGAGAUGGAUGACGCAGAGACGGGACUGCUCAGUGCUAUCUGCCUGCUGUGUGGAGAUCGUCAGGACCUGGAGGAGGCAGACAAGGUUGAUGUUCUGCAGGAGCCGCUGCUGGAAGCACUGAAGAACUACGUGAGGAACAGGAGGCCACACAAACCUCACAUGUUCCCCAAGAUGCUGAUGAAGAUCACAGACCUGAGGAGCAUCAGUGCCAAGGGAGCGGAGCGUGUGAUCACCCUCAAGAUGGAGAUUCCCGGCUCCAUGCCUCCUCUCAUCCAGGAGAUGUUGGAGAACUCCGAGGGUUUAGAGAGUUCUGUGGGCGGGGUCAGUUCGCGGGCCGCAGGGGCUCCUUCGGGCAGCUGUAGCCCCUCCCUUUCUCCAAGCUCCGCCCAGAGCAGCCCUGCCACACAGUCACCCUGACAAUCGGCAUUAAUAGCCACUCACCACGGACAUCCAUGCGUGCCCUCCCCGACACGACAGCAGACGUGUGUUCAAAAGCACACUCUCAUGUUCCCACUGACCUGCCUGUGCUCCUCACACACUAACGGGGGGUCCGAGGAGAUGCAUAGCCGGGAUUUCGCAGUUUUUCUUCACUCCUUCCACAGAUUCUCCUCGGAGAGAGAUGAGACUGUGAUUUAAUCCCUCCACGUUUACACUCCAAUACAAAACAGAAUGCCGCUGGAGGACUAAAGACUGCGUGCAGGAAAUCAUGGACAAACGUAUAAAAGGAAUGACAGGAUGGGACCUUUCUUCUUUUCUCGUUCUUAUGAACUUCUGUUUCCAAACAGACACUGAUUUCAUACAAGUAAAAUAUAUAUAAAUAUAUAAAAAGAAAAAAUGAUUGUGACUGAACUGAAUGAGAUACAGACUUGAUGUAAAGAUGCUAAUGUACUUCCUCUUUUUUCUCUUCAUGCCUGUGAAAGGAAAAAGAGAGUGACUUGUUUCAGACUGAUGUUUUUCAUGGAGAAAAAUUAACAUCGAAAAGAAUAUUAAUUUACACUCACAAAAAUGUGCACAGAAGAUAUAAAAUCGGUUGCAGAAACA